CUGAGAGAUUUACAGGGAGCAGAUAUCAAGCACUUUCACUUUCAGGCUAGCCUCUGUCUGAGCUCACACAGACAGACUGCCCUGAGGGCGAGAGAGAGAGAGAUAGCGGGUCUGUUUCCCCCACUCUGUCCAUUAGCCAAUUUAAAGGGUGAGCAGAGAGUGAGGUCUGUAAUGUACUGGGUCAACAGGGAAAGAGAAGGAAAGGGAAAGGCUGCAGUUUGACAGGCUGAGAGGUCGGAAAAUCCAAAGUGAGAGCGCAGUGCAGAUUGCGUGAGAGAGAGAAGGGGGUGAAAAGAUCUGGAAAGUGCCCGGGAGACAAAAGGAGGAAUUCUAAAAGACAGGUCAACUAAGCUGGAGUCUCAACAGUAGAGGAAAAAGAAAAGACUGAGAGCUCGCUCUCUCUCUCUCUCUCUCUCUGUGUCACACACUUGAAGGAACCGCUGAGGAAACGUUGCCUAGUCAGACCAAAGGACUUAUUUGAUCUGCGUAUUGCAUGCUUUCAACCACAGACAUGGAGAAGUGGCCUUUCUCAUGAAGAUAAAAGGAUGUCACGAUCAGUUUUACUGUUGCUAUCAAUAUUGACAGUCCAAGGUAGUGGAUGUGAUGACUUUUUGAGGGAGGUUGUCAAGAAUCUUCAAACCACACUUAAUUCAGACCACGCUGGAUUUGUGUUCCCUAAAGACUAUUGGAUUUCCCACCACUACAAUGUCAACCUGCUGUGCAACACUGAUCCGUGUUGUGUGUUCCGAGCUGCGACUGUUCUCUCUGACUCCUGGCUCCAGCUCCGCAGCCAGCUGUGGCCAGAGCACCAUAGCUUUGAAUUCAUCUCCAACCUUAUACAAGCCCUGGGUGGCAGGGGUAUGACAAAAGGGAGAUUUGAGGAUCCUGACCCUUCAGUUCUUCCCUCUGUCUCCUCCUCUCCAGAGAAACUUCUCAACUUCACUUCAUCUGUUUUCUCCAAAUGGCUGGAGCUGGGGUGCUCGACCCCGGUGGACACUUGUCCCUUCCCCACUCUGGCCUCUCCGGCUGGGGAGGAUGAAAGGGCAGCUCUGGAAAGGAAAAAAGUGAGGUCAUUAACCACACGAGCAGUUCACAUGCAACACAGGGAGAAUGAAGGGGAAACAGAGAUGAGGUUAAACACACCUCCACCAACCAAUAGGAGCCCAACAUCCAAAGGUGGGCUCCUAUUAGUUCUUUCUGGGUCUUUGUUUUUUUUAAUGUUUAUUUAACUAGGCAAGUCAAUUAAGAACAAAUUCUUAUUUACAAUGACAGCUUACAUUGGAGCCUCCUGUUAUGUGGACUGCCCUGGAUGCUACUGUAGAGCGGUUGCUAUAGUUACUGAAGUGGAUCUCUUCAAUGGCGCACACAAAAUGCAAGAAAUAAAAUAAAUAAGAUUCCCUGUUUUUGAAAGAAUACAUCCUUUUCUUUUUGCAAUGUGUUUUGGAGCACUGGUUGGCUUUUUCUUCUCAAUCUGUCCAUUCUAGCAGUUCUAAUACAGUAAGCUUUGUCAAUCAAGUGACUGUCAUGCACAUGUAAUUGUUGCACUGAAAGUACAACUGCAGUCAAGAUUAUGUAUAGAAUAAUAACCUUUUAAUUUACUGUCUGCACACCAGAGUUCUAUUAUUAUAAUUAUAAGAAACUGUUACAACAUAGCCAUAUGUAUAAAAAGCCAUAUUCUAUGCAAGCUAACUAAACACUAACAAGUGUUUUAUAUUGAGCAAGCUACAGCACAUAAAUUAUUGUUCAAUAUUUCUGAUCAAAUUCAUAUGAUGUUUACAAUGCAGUGGAAUGUGAAUAUUUGUUUGUUUGUCUGUUGGUCUUCAAUUAAUGUUUUUUUUUCUUCUAUGAACUUUUGUACAUACUGCAUCUUGUAAAUAAAAACCAUGCAGCCGUUA